AGAUCUAUUACGGGGAUCUCCGGGUUGACACGUAUCCUGCGCAGGAGACAGAGGUGUCGACCCCGAAACUCAAGUCAGGAGUUUAUAUAGGGAAAGCUAAGGGGUUUGGCGCGGUUACACACAAUUGGCUAAUUUUUGGCGUGGCUAUAAGUGAUUGGCUCAUUCAAACAGACAACACAGCAGAAGAGUACGUGCUGACUGGGGCGUACAGGAUUUUAGAGUCUAGGGGCUUAUCAGGGUUUGAAAGACAUCUGGUUAAGGUGUGACUCUGAGUAAGCUGGGGGAGGUGCCCUUCUGUAUCUUUAUGGCCUGUCAGUCUUGGCUGUAGGGCAGGCCCCACCCUGCCUGGACAGUGUUUAGAAACUUACUCUUUUAAUUUUAUAUUUUUAAACCUUAAAUCUGUAUAAUUUUCCUUUCAGCAUCACCAGCGUUCCUUUUACUUUGGGACCACCAGAUGGUCACUGACUGUCGUGGAGCCCCCUCCACAAUCCAGGCAGGCCUGGAACUUGUGAUCCUCCUGCCUCAACCUCCUGUGUAGCUGGGAUUAUAUAUCUGGACUACCAGGCUGAGGUGCUCAAGGCACCAUUUAAAAAUAUAUUAUGGGGGUUGGGGAUUUAGCUCAGUGGUAGAGGGUAUGCCUAGCAAGCGCAAGGCCAUGGGUUCGGUCCUCAGCUCCGAAAAAAAAAAUCAGUUUAAAAAUAUAUUAUGAAAUGUUUAAAGUCCAUGGCUUGGGGGUGUGGAGGAGCAACAGACUCAUUCUUAAAAGGCGGUGAACUAUGGAACCUGCGCUUCUCAAACAGUCACUGCUUGCUUGGGAACACACACCCAAACAUAUAUUUAAGAUGACUUGGAUUACAAAACAAUAUAAAAAUGAAAACUUGAUGGGGCUGGGGAUUUAGCUCAGUGGUAGAGCGCUUACCUAGGAAGCGCAAGGCCCUGGGUUCGGUCCCCAGCUCCGAAAAAAAAAGAACCAAAAAAAAAAAAAAUGAAAACUUGGAGAAAUACUUUUUUUUAUAAUCUAGGGAGAAAGCUCUCAAAGUCUUGCCUUGUCCAGUGUAAUACAGUUUGUGACAGUUAAACACAGAUUUUUCUGAAAUAGCUAAGGUUUUUUGUUUUUUUUUUUUCAUGUUUAGAUAUGGUCACUUUAAGAUGUUCUCACUUUAAGAAGUUUACCGUAACUUAUAACUUGUAUUUAACUCCUUUUGACAAAGGCUUGAGGUAAUGUCCUGAAAGCUCUUCCUUUAGAAGACACAUCCUAAUACACCUUUUUCAAAACUCAAGUACCUAAACCCCCUAGUUUCAUAACGUCCCUGUUAUGAAUUGGACCCAAAUCUUUCCUUGUACCAUUCUCAACAAUUUCUCCUGUGGUGAAUUUAGCCAAACUAUAACAUCAGCGAGGACGGUCCCUGCCAAUGUCCUCACUGACGCCAAUUGCAAGGUUGUGAAUCUCUAGAACAACCCUCAUGUCAGUCGAGCUGGAUAGCCUAUCAGGCCUGUGACACCCUCAUUUUGUUUGUGAGCAAGGCCCACGGGAGUUAGAGUUGAGCUACUUUUGUGAGUCAGUGGGUAUCACAGCUCCUUCCAGGCAUAUAUAUGUGACACCAUUCAGAAUUUGGCCAACUAGAGACACUUACCUGAGCUUUUCCUAUUCCGAGUUUGAUUGCAGCUCAAACUCGCAUGGCCCUCGAGGCUGACUUUGUAAAGACUCCCUUUCCUCCACAUGUCACAACUGACACAGGGCAGCUCAAAACCCCACUGUAAAUGAAUUGUUUGCUGGUAGACUCUCUUGUGGCCAAAGCAUCCAGAUACUUCUGUCAGGCAGAACAUUCCAGAGGCUUAGAGCUCAACUCUGAGUAGCCAAAGGCCAGACCUCUCUUUGAGUACUGUUAGUUUUUCUCUACACAGAGCCCCUUUUUCAUGACACGAAACAACCAGAACACUAGUGGAUACUUCCCCCAGUCCUGUGAUCAGCCAGUUCUUCCCCACAGUGACCUGACCAUAGGAGUCAGCACUUUCUGUAUGUAAGGGCUUACCUGCAAUGCUUAUCUUUGCUUAGUUUCCGAAACAUGAAAGUAUUAAGACUAGUCUUGUUGCAAGGUCAAAUUAAUUAAAAUACAUGCAAUAAGCACUUAGAAUAGUGAGAGAUAUUUGGUAAAUCCUACAAGUUCUCAAGCCUUUCAACCCAUCGUCCCUGCUUCCCCGUGACUCCUUUUGCUCCUGGGCAUUCAAAUCCUUUUCUACACCAGUGUAUUAAAAUAGCUAUUGCCAGCAAAUGAUUCAUAAUUAUCUAAUUCUACACUAAUGGGCAUGAAAUAUAAAACCACUAUCGAUUUUUAAGAUUGUUUCAAAUGAUAUAACGUUAAAAUUGUCAACCUCAAUUUUAAUUUUGAAUCAAAUUAGAGAAGAAUAUCCAAAAGAGAAGACAGUGGUACCUGUGAACACCUCAGAGCAGUGUCCUUGGGUCAUCUUAAUUAGAACUCUAGGACUUAGAUUAUGUCACCUGGUCCAUGGGGACCUCCAUCAGUUAAAGGAGAAAUUAAUUCAAUUCUCAGCUGAGGAGACAAGAGACCCUCUAGACAUUCAAAAUCUUGAGACAGCAAUUCAAAGAACUGAAACGGGGUUAAAGAUUCACAUUGAGAGGUAUCUCGGAAUUGUAAACCAGGAGGUGAUAAUGACUCCUGUGAAGAGCUUAGACUCCCCUAUCAAUUCCAAAUGGGCGAUUCCAACUGUAAUUGACCAGAAAUCCUUUAUUUUUCCCAUGGCUCCCGAUAAACUUUGGGGACUUCAAAAACAUCGCGGUUCACUUCCACGCGGCUUUACAAGAGCAAAGCCAAAAGUAGAGUUGAACAAGAAGAUCAUGCAGGACCCUGAGAACAUGCACCACAGAGCUGCUGUAAAUGUGAGCUAUGGGAUCAGUUUGCCACGUAUUAAACAGAGGAAAGCACAUGAUAAGGUUCGGCGGGUAAGAAAAGGGUCCACGAUCUCCAACCUCACAGUUCUGCCAUCCAGUCAUCGCACUGACCCCCAUUUUAUCCCCAUACCUGUCUUGCAAAAGGAUGCCAGUAAAGGGAUCUUAAGUAUGAUCGAACGAGGGCUGAUCCCCCCAGCAGCAAGGAUUACCUUUCAGAAUCCACCCAUUAAACCCCAAGCACUUCCUCUGCAUAGCUUUGAUGAGCAUCGGAAGGUAUCAAUAACAGCCUCCUUUCCGAUAGCUCAUAAGCCACGCCUGGCUUCAGAAAAAGUGGAGGAGUCUCAACAGAAACAGAAAGCCAAGGUACUCACACAUCUAAGCACGGAAGAACACAGUCUACCUGUGACGGGAAAAGACAAAAGGUCAAGAGGACAACCCAGUAGGAAGAGCACGAGGAUUACUACACCGUCUAGGAUUAGGAGAUCACCAUGGGAUUACAUCUUGCCUGUUUACAACGGCUCUGUAGACAGGGCAGCCCCAGACUUUAUAGCAUUCAAAACACGUUACAAAUUAAUCUGGGGAAGCAUUUUUUCUUUCCUGGAACAAAUUGAGAAAUUUCUCAAGGACUAUGCAAUAUCAGAAGCCAAAGUAAGAGGGAAGAGUCUGGUGUCCCUGCUUCCAGAGUUUGAGCUGAACAACAAACUUACCAAAACUGACGUUCUGGCUGUGCUAGAGAACCCGCUCCACAUCCAGAUGCUGCUAAAUCUUCCUGGACAGAGGUUCAAGGGCCGGGACGGAAGGACAGAGGCUGCCGUCAAGAUCCAAGCCACAUGGAAAAGUUAUAAGGCAAGAACUUCCUUCAUUUCUUAUCGCCAGAAGAAGUGGGCCUCGGGAGUGAUCGCCCUGGCAUGGCUUCUACAUUGCCACAAAACAAGACUAAAGAGGAUAGUGGAGGAAUCUCGACAGAGACACCUGGAUAACUUCCGAAUUCGAGCCAAGCAUCUGGCAGCCAACUGGAGUCGCAUCAGGACCUCCAGGAGGACUAUUAUCCAUAUACCAUCAUUAGAUGUCAACGUCAAUGUCAUCUACGUCUGCUCCAGUCCCAUGAAUGACGAGUUAAAGCUGUACUACAAAAAACUCCUGAGUCUGCAAGCAGCUGUCAAAUCGGGCUACUAUGGGGAUAGGUCUGACCUGCAAAACAGGUUCAGAAUUAUCACCCCUGAAGCUGUAAACAUCUUCACUAAACAUCACAUGUGCCUGGCUACUCACCUGAUGUACAGUCCCAAGGCAAUCAAAAGAAUAAAAAAUCUCAUCCAAGGAGAAGAGGCCUACAUCGUGGGCGGGAUCCUCCACAGAGAUGAUUUAGCUGUGGCUGACAUGUUGAAUGUACCCAUCCUGGCCUCAGAGCCUGAGCUGGUUCACCUUUACAGUGGCAAGUCUGGAAGUAAACGGAUCUUUGAUAACGCUAAUGUGCCAAUGCCUCCUGGAGUAUAUGACAUCUAUACUUACCAGCAGCUGAUAGAACAAUUGAGUCAGUUGGUGACUGAUAACCUGGGAAUCCGACGCUGGGUCUUUAAAAUGAACAUGGAAUUUGGAGGAAAUGGGACAGCAUUUUGCGACAUCCCUUCCCAUCUACAGUGCUACAAAUGGGUGGUGAAGGAGAGUAACAGAUUCGGCCCUGAGGACUGGAAGAAGAAGUGGGCACAAGAGUCAGCUCUGAUGAAGAUCUCCGAGGAGCUGGCGGGCGUUUUAGCACAGCACGUACAGCUAGUCAAUGAGAAACAGUUCCCGACAUGGAGAAAAUUCCUCCACAUGUUUCUCACUCAAGGUGGCAUCAUUGAAGCAUACCCACCUGCAGACAGCAUCACCAACCUCACCGUAGACAUGUUGAUAGAGCCUGACGGAGAAGUCAGAGUGCUGUCAAUGGGGGACCAGUUUCAUGCUGAUGGCCCCUUUAUUUCUUCUGGUACCACCAUGCCUCAGACUUCAGUGGAUCCCCAAGUUCUCAAUUCUUUGUGCCUCCGAAUUGGAAAUAUCUGCAAAGAGAAAGAUGUGGUUGGUUAUUUUUCUAUAGAUCUGGUGACUUUUAUUGAUCCAAGCACCUUAGAGCAGCAGGUAUGGACAACAGGCCUCAACCUCUCAUACAGUGACCAGCUAGCCAUGACGCAGCUCACCCUGUACCUGACAAAUGGUUAUCUGAAUUGUAGUCUGAGCACCCUGGAAGUGCCCCGUUUUAAAGAAGAUGCAGAAAGGGAAAAGAAACGUCUGAGCAUCCAGGCAGAGCUGGCCCCAGAAACCAGUCGCUAUGCAGUGAUGUCCACACAGCUGAAGCACGACAAUCUCUCACUCAUCUUCUAUUAUGUUUUUCUCCAGAUGUGUAAGGCCCAUGGCAUCGGCUAUGACCUUGAGGACAGACAAGGAACUGUUUUUAUAUUAUAUGAAUCUCUGAAGAGAUACAAGUUGGGCAUGAUAACAAUCGGUGUGGAUCUCCAGGGGGCCCUCAUGACCUUUGCUCGCAAUCUCUUCAUCAUCCAUCAAGAAAUAUCAGCACCUGAUAUGCAAGGCGAGACCAAUUUUAAGACUACCAUUGAUGAUAUUGAAACCAUUUUAGGAGUAACAGAAGAAAAUAAAAUGAUAUUUGCAGGAGAAAAACGGCGCAAAGAGGAGGAAGAGAGCCUGUAUGAGCCUGUUGAGAUAUACACAAAAACAGUAUGACUUUGGAUACCUGUCUAAAGCGAGAAAAAAGGUUUGCUUUGUAAUUAAUGUAAAAGUGAGGAAGUUAGUUUGCUUUGUUUGCCAAGAGAUAAAUCAGAACAAAUUGUAACAUAAUAGUCUUUAAAAUCUUUGCUUAUUUUCCAGUGUUAUUUUACUCAUUAAGGUUAAACCUACCGGUGUUUUCAUUGUGAGUGCUAAGAAUCCCUUCCUCCUCCCCAAAACAAAGAAGCCAGAGGAAGGCUUUGGCCCACUACUGCUCCACUUCUUUUCUCCUGCUUCCAAAAGCCACUUAGGGUCUUCAUUUAAAAUACCAAAUAAACCAGAGUGAUCACUUGUCAAAACACAAAUGUCCUCUUUUCCCAAAAUAAAUGAAAUCAGUUUUAAAUGA